AUGGCGGAUGAUAAUGGCUCUGCAAAAUUUGAUAGGCCGGCCAUGGCAGAUCCACCGAAACAUCCUGCACCUCAUUCACGCCCCGCCAGUGCGAAAAAUGAAUCAGGCUUUGCUUCGCUGCCACCACGCGUAUCCUCCAAGUCGCCUCAACACAAUCCACGUCUGCCCACCCACUCUGUGGCUAAGUCGACGACUCUCGACUCGCAACCAAUGACCGCAACAUCAUCCUCCUCGUCCAUGCCGUCGGAUCAACAAAUUAACAAUACCAUGGAUGCAACAGGGGCCUCUCCGUACGGCACGAGGUCUCGGAAUAGAACUGGAAAUUCACGAAUCAACUAUGCCGAAGAUCGGGAACUCGAGAUGGAAUACGAGUGGAGCUCUACCAAAAGACCACAUGCUGGCACAGGACCUUCCAUACCCAACACUGCACAGUUAGGAGACGGCGAUAAGCCAUCAGCCGCUAACAUUCGUCGUUCAUCAACCACGGCGCCCAUAGCACCACCGACGAACACCAAAACAGCAAUUCCAAGCGUUCCAAAAGAUCACCUUCCCGGGAUGUCGAGCUUUUCUGUCAAUCCUGAACCCAAUACCGCACCUCCGGCGCCAUCAAGAAAGCGCAAAGCACCCGGAAAUGUGCCUGCCUCAUCGCAUAACUCCCCGGCCGCAACUCAAACUCCUGCACCUGGCAUAGCGCGAAGGACAGCGGGUGUUCCAAACCCCAAGGCAUCCAGAGAGACGAAUUUGAUGACUUUCGAAAACUGUCGAGGCUAUCUCAAGAACGGAAAGUUGAAGGCUGACGAUGGAACGGUCUUAGCGGUCAACGAUCAAGUGUAUCUGGUAUGCGAACCUCCUGGCGAGCCAUACUACUUGGCGCGGGUAAUGGAAUUCCUCCAUAUCGACAACGACCUCAGUCAACCUGUUGACGCAUUGCGCGUCAAUUGGUAUCUCCGCCCACGAGAUAUGCAACGCAAAGUCAAUGACACUCGAGUGGUCUUUGCGUCAAUGCAGUCCGAUACAUGCCCUAUAACAUCUUUGAGAGGAAAAUGCCACAUCACGCAUAGAAACGACAUACAAGACCUAGAUCAGUACAGGAAGAUGCAGGAUUCCUUCUGGUAUGAGAAGUUAUUCGAUCGCUAUAUACACCGCUACUAUGAAGUCAUUCCUACAAGUCAAGUAAUCAACGUUCCUGCCAAGGUCAAAAAGGUUUUGGAUGAACGGUGGAAAUUUGUUAUCGUGGAGAUAGGGCGAGGCAAAGAGUUGACCAGCGCUAUCAAAUCACCGUCUUUGACCGACAUACCGCUAACCAUAGUCAACAGCAAUGAUUCAGUGGAUUGUGCCGUUUGCAAGAACACCUAUCAUAUGAACUGUGUGCGACCACCAUUACUCAAGAAGCCAGCUCGUGGAUUUGGAUGGUCAUGUGGACCGUGCAGUCGCAAGCAGGAAAAGAAGCUCGAAGCCCGAAAUACCCCAAUCGUUGGUGAAAAGGUUAUGGAAGGAGAGGAAGAGGAGGUCAUUGAUGAGGAGGAAGAUGAGCAUGCGGAUCCUGCCCACGGCAGCGGUUCACACGAUGCAGAUACCCAGAAUCCUGGACCUCGACCACCAACAGCAGAGCAGAUUGCGCAAGCGAAGCUCUGGCCAUAUCGAUACCUGGGCAUUCACUGCCGGGUAGAAGAUGCCCUCGACUACGAUGAUCGCAUAUAUCCGCGAGCUAGUUCUCGAUUGGGGCCCAAACAUCAGGCAAAUGUGCAGGUAUGGCAGGGCCAACCUGUGGAGUUCGUCAAGCCUGCAGAUAUCAAAAAAAAAUACAUGAAGGGAACCAGUCAUAAAAAGGACGCCAAGUUGACCAAAGAGACAGUCGCAGCGCUCGAGGCUGAUAAAGUCACAAAGGAGAAGCGUCCGAAGUGGGUCAUGGAUGAGCCACUUGGGUAUGUUGCACGGGGAGAAGACUAUCCCGUUGGAGAUCCUAGAAACACGGCUCAGCUGAGUUUUCGAAUGCCUGAAGUUGGCGAGACGUCAACAAGAGGAGGGGAUGACUCUGAAAAUCGUCUUGGGUCUGUUGAGCACGAAAAGAUGGUUGAUGAUUACAUGGUUCGCGCUAGGGAUUUGGCCCCUACGCUGAUCGAUGGCCUCGCAGGACACAACACCAAUUUCCUUGACAAAGCGCUAGAACUAUUAACUGCAAACGGUUACCAGAGUGAGAAGGCACUGCAACAGCUUCGAAGGGUGACUCUCAAGGACCUCAAGGAGCCAGAGCUUUCGCCAGAAGACUGGAAUAAGUUUGUAGAUGGUGUCAGCAGAUACGGAUCGGAGUUGCGAGCUAUCUCUAGGCAUGUUGGGAAACACCAGAAGCACGGUACCAUUGUUCGAAUUUACUACAUGUGGAAGAAGACUCCCCUUGGUAAGCAGGUAUGGGGCAACUACGAAGGACGAAAGGGGAAAAAGCAGGCUCAACAGGUAGACUCCAAGCUUGCAGAUGAUGUUGCAGAUGAUGCCGACGAUUCUGCCUUCGACAAUCAGAAGGCCGCUAUGCGGAAGCGUGGUUUCGAAUGCAAAUUCUGCGCGACUCGCCAUUCCCCGCAAUGGCGCCGAGCACCUGCAAUAGCUCCAGGCACAACCGUUCCCAUUGACCCCAGCUUCAAAAACAGCAGAGACAAGAAUGCACAUCUAAUGCUUGCGCUCUGUCAGCGCUGCGCAAUGCUCUGGCGCCGCUAUGGUAUUCAAUGGGAGAACGAAAAUGAGCUUGCCAAAAAGGUUGCCAGUGGUGGUGGUAGAGCAUGGAGACGUAGAAUUGACGAGGAACUCCUAAUCGAGCUUGUUAGUGCCAACGAGGUCAGCUCGAUUGGAAUGAGCACCACCACUGCGGCAGCGGCAGCAUCGGUUGGCGUGGAAAUUCCACCCAACUUGACGAUCCAUCCAGGGCAGGAUGGUCCCAAGAAAAAGCAGAAGAUAGCCGUUGACAACCCAGUGGUUUUGGGACCCCAAGAUGGCGUGCCUGUCGAGCCUCCGAAAAAGAAGAUCAUCGAAAAGCCACCUGAACCAGCUCUUAUACCUGAACAGCCCCGAAUCAGGCUUCAGCCCUGCGCCGUUUGCUACGAAUUCGAACCCUUGAACGACGAACACCUUGAGUGCAAGUACUGCAGGCUAACAGUACACCGAAAUUGUUACGGCGUUGCGAAAGAGCGACCAAAAGAAACGUGGACUUGUGACAUGUGUGCGAACGAUUCUGGGCAUCAGCUUUCAACGACCUACGACUGCGUACUCUGUUCCGUUCGCGCAUAUACUGACACGGAACUCAUGGAACCUCCAAAGGUGUCUCAUAAGAAGAAGACAGAUCGCGAGCGUGAAAAGGAAAGGUUGGAGCGAGAACUGGUUGUCACCGCUACCGAGCUGUACCAUCGCGACCAGAAAGCAAAAGGGAGACCGGAGCAGCCCCGUCAGCCUCUCAAGCGGACUUCGGGCAACAAUUGGGUCCAUGUAGUUUGUGCGAUCUUUCAUCCCGAGAUAAAAUUCGGCGACCCUCACAGGCUUGAGCCGGCAGAGGGAUUUGGCGCUGUUCCCGUUGCCAAAUACAAUACAGUGUGCAAACUAUGCAAAAGAACCGAUGGAGCCUGCAUCAAUUGCACCCACUGUCAAGGAAAUGUUCACCCGACUUGCGCACAGCAAUAUGGCGGUAUGCUCGGCUUCGAUCUGAAUCCCGUCAAAAGCUCGCGCAGUCACGCGGUCAAUACCGUAGGCAUGGGUGGCGAAGUGGGAAACGCUACAGCAGUCGUCUACUGCAGGGAUCACCCACCGAAGCAUCCCAUACAUCUCAUGUCUGAACAGCAGGAUACUCUGAACGCACUCCAGGUCUUUGCUCGCAGUCACAAGCAGGCUGACACCUCUUUGACCGGAACGCUGCGCAAGGCGCUUAUCGUUGAUGCCGCGACAAAGACUGCAGCACAGCUUGGAAGUGUUGGCGCAAAUCAUCGCGGUUCUAAUUCCACUGCAGCUAGUGGUGCAGUUGGAGCUUCAUCAUCGGCGCCCACCACCAGGAGCUCUAGGGUCUCGCCGUCGACAUUUACAGUUAGGUCUGAUGAAGUUGACGAAGACGGUGAUCGUGUGGUUCAUUUGAGCGAAGAGAUUACUGCUAAGCUUGAUGCGAAAGAGUGUGCCAUGUGUGGUACUGACGCGAGCCCGAAGUGGCAUGAGAUAAUGCCCAAAGCCGUCUCUGAACCGAAAGCGCCCACAGUAAUUGAAAGCGCCGCUGAGCCCCCCGAAUCUUCCCAGCCAUCCGAUGCACUUUCAAACGGAUGCGUCAACGGACAUGGUUCAGAUCCGCACAGCGACUCUGCCGGUAGGCCUGUUUCGUCUUCUCAAGCAGAGCCGGCACCAAUGCUUAAUGGUGAUUUUGGUGGAGGGGGAGCUGAAGACAGCAGAGCUUCAGGUCCGACACCCGGGCACAGCUCCAACGGGGUCGCAACUGGAGAGCAGGGCUUGCCAUCUGGGAAUGAUAUCGAUGAGCCACCGAAGUUCUUCUGUCACAAAUGUCAUUUACGCAAGCUCAGGGAGCCAACGCCUCCACCUACCCCAACGCCUCCUCCAUCCGAGCCACUUGAGCCGGAAAACCACUCUCCACCUGAGCCUGAACAGUCCUCGCCACAAGUAAACUUGAUCUGGCCAUCAACACCCCAACCGACGACUCAGGAACCAUAUCAUGGAUGGCCAAACCAGCCAGGACAGAACUAUCACGGCCCAGAACGUGCGUCGAAUGGUGUUGUACCGCACUCACCUCCUGUGGUGGCGCCGCCUCCUCCGCAACAUUACCCUCCACCCCCGCUGCCUCCCCAGUAUCCAGAACCCGGCUAUCGUGGACCUACACCAACAUACCGCGAUACGCGAGGGGUACUCCAUCGCGGAUUACCACCUCAGUUCCACGUUCCGCAUCUAGUGAAUGGCGUACCCGCCGAGCCACCAUCUUUCCAGUAUCGGCGAGACAGUUCAGGCAACUUGUAUCAGGUGCCAUAUGUUCCACCUGCGAUGCGAGGCCCUCAUGUGCCACCACCGCAACACCCGAUGCGUUCGCCAUCAAUGCGCGAGCAUGGGCAGGGACCUCACGGCCCACCUGAGGCGGCAGAGAAUCCAUUCGCAGUCCCGACCAUCUCACAAUCGGCGAGAGGGCCGUAUCCUGAGUAUGGUAGUCCACCUCCAAGGGCGAGGACCCCACCCCAGGCUCCAUCAUCGAGAGCGGCGAUGGGGCCGUAUCCCGAGUACGGUAGUCCACCUCCGAGAGCGAGGACCCCUCCCCCAGCUCCAUCGUCAAGGGCGGCGAUGGGGCCAUACUCCGAGUACGGCAGUCCGCCUCCAAGGACGAUAACUCCCCCAGCUCCAUCGUCAAGGGCGGCGCUGGGACCAUACUCGGAAUAUGGUAGCCCACCUCCCCGGACGAUGGGUGCUGUCCCCCAGGCUCGUCCAGCGUCGAGGGCGACGCAGGGACCGUACCCUGAUUAUGAUAGCCCACCUUCCAGGACGAUGGGCUCUGUCCCUCAGGCUCGUGCAUCGUCGAGGGCGGCGCAGGGGCCCUACCUCGAAUAUGGUAGUCCGCCUCCACGGACGAGGACUCCUCCCGAGGGUUUUGGUAGCGAGAACAGGUGGCCGAGUGAGUUGGCCAACGGGGCGAGUGCUAGUCCAUCGUUACGGAAUUUGCUGCAUUAA